AUGUCAGAAGAAUUAAUAAUAUCUAUGAAUAAUCAAGCAAUUAAAAGCGAACCACCAGAAUAUUCGGUAGAAGAUAUUAAACCCGAAGUUGAGGAUGAGUUUGAUGUUUUCGAUGAUAUCGUUAAAUCUGAAUCAUGUACUGAGGAUUAUAAAACGUGUUCAGAAAAAUUCAUGAAUUCCGAGGUGACUAAAGAAGAAGAAAUUAAACAGGAAUUAUUUGAGACAUCAGCUUAUAAAUGUGACAUUUGUAAUCGAUCAUUUGCCGAAUCAGAUCAAUUAAAAGAGCAUGUGGUCGAUCACAUGUCUAGUAAUAGUAAAGAACGCCCAUAUGAAUGCGAAAUCUGUCAUAAGACUUUCAAACUAUCAAGAGGGUUGAAAUCACAUAUGAAUACACACUCUGAAGAAUUUUCUUUUCCAUGCAAAAUUUGCAAAAAGCCUUUCAAAGAUUUGGUUACUUUGAAAAAGCACAUGCUCAUUCACAGUGGUCAUCUGAAACGUCACAUGCUAUUUCACAGUGGUGAGCGUCACCAUGAAUGCAAUGUAUGCAAUAAGAAAUUCACACAGAAAAGUGAUCUGAAACGUCACAUGGUCAAACACAGUGACAUACGACACCAUGAAUGCAAUGUAUGCAAUAAGACAUUUACACAAAUAAGUUAUCUGAAAAGUCACAUGCUCAUUCACAGUGGUGAGCGCCCCCAUGAAUGCAGUACAUGCGAUAAGAAAUUCACAAAAAAAAGUAGUCUGAAAAAUCACAUGCUCAUUCACAAUGGUGAGCGUAACCAUGUAUGCAGUAUAUGCAAUAAGACAUUUACACGAUUAGGUAAUUUGAAAAGUCACAUGCUCAAACACAGUCAAACUCAGACACCAUGA